AUGGUGGCUCCCGCGCAUAUAGCGAAACGCGCACUGCACAAGUCCACGACCUCGGGAGAAAGCUUGCACUCUUCAAGUAACUCGACCACCCAAAGGGGAACAUCGACGGAACCGAGCGCUCCCAGUCAGCCUGCGCCGGAGACGUCCGCGCCGCGUUCUUCCAUUUCCCACACGCUCGAGGAAGGCGAGAUCAACGAGGACCUGAACCGUAUGCAAGUCGAUCCCGCUCCCGCUCCCGCCCCUGCUCCUGCUGCAACUUUUACGCCUUUGGUGAAGACCGAACCGAAGGAGCCAUCUCUGUCUUUCUCUCCAAGCUUAGCAAAGGCGAAGACGAAGCUGAAGCCGAGUGUUGCUAUGAACUUGAACAUGGAUUCCUCUAGGAGACUUUCGAUGCAGCCGCUUGCAGACGUGCUCAAUGCGAAGGUCAACGUGAAGCCAGACCCGGACGCUGCACCUGACGCACCGAACCUGUUGGCACCUGCUACUGUUGCGCCAGAAUCCACCAGUACCUCCGACCCUCUGUCUCCUGCUGAACUCGAACACGCGAAGGACCUCGUGCUCGACCUUCUAGGAUGGGGCGUCUCGCCCGAGUACCUGCUCCAGGCGGGCCUCUCCUCGGAAACGAUGUACCGCAUUUUUACGGACCUCCGUCUGCGCCUGCCUGACAACUUCCCCCUGCCUCCGCCGCCUGGCUUGCCUCAGCCUGCUCGUACAGAGGGAGGUGUCGUCAUCAAGCAAGAAUGUCCGGACGCUUUGCCUGAACCUACUCGCAGACAGGAAGACGCUAUUGUUAAGCAAGAGCAUCCGGAUGCUUAGCUCCUUGGGUCACUGGCGCUUUUUCACUGUAUUCAUCAUCGCUCAUCAUCAUGCUCUGUUGUUCUUCUACUCCGCACUGCUCUCGCUCUCGACUUCUUCUCAUUGUUGCUGUUUCCUUCCCCGUCGCAUGUUCAUCGCUCGCAACAACUUCUCGUCGUCUUCCCGUUCGAAUCAAUCAUCAUCGCGCCUUUCGCAUUUUCUGUCUCAAGCUCGCUUUAAUAACGCAUUUCCUCACGGCAUCACUCAUCUUUCUAUCGCAAUUUUCCGCAAAGCUCGACUCUCGCAUACAAUCGUCAUACAUGGACCCAAUUGCCUGCAUAUCAACUCGCGUAUCUUCCGGACCGCGAUAGCUCUGUUGUCGUUCCCAUGCCCCAGGCACCCAAGGUACCUGACACAUCCUGUCAUCCAUCUCGAAAUCAGGACGCGCAGGGCCCCUCGGUGAAAUUCGAAUUAGCACGGCAAAGCCACCCCUCACCCGACUCUAUGCUAUGCGUUUCGCUCGACUUCCUAGAUGACCAACACCUCGUGUUCCUUUCUCACAAUGCUUCACGAGACUUUCUAGCACACGACGCAUCGCUUACAACUUGCCACUGCCGUUUCUCCGUCAAAUCAACCCUUAUCUGUGCUCGUUCGAGGUCCGCAUCGGCAGCACCCCCGGUAUUCUGAUGAUGAUGAUUUCUACCAACACUAGCACCCUCGUUCGCGUUCGAAGCAACCUCAGGUUCUUCAUCUUCUGAUAGAUACAUUCAAGAGAGCGCCAGCUACUACCACGAGACUUGGGGCAACUGAUGGCCGCUGGCU